AUGGAACAAAAAAAAGCAUCUAAAUUCCUAGAAGAGCUGGAUUCCUCAGAAGAAGAGCUGGGGAUUCCAACUGAGAAACAUAGUCCCUUCAGAGGGUCCUGGUGGUCAGCUCUGGGGUUCAUCUUGGUGUCAUCAGGAAAAGAUCUGGAUGAGUUUGAUCUGAAGAAAUACUCUGUUACAGAGGAACCACUUCUGGGGCUGAUGCCAGUGGUUAAAGCCUCCAACAAAGCUCUACUGAGUGGCUGUCGUAUCACAGGGAGAAGCUGUGCAGCUCUGUCCUCAGUUCUCAGCUCCCAGUCCUCCAGACUCACAGAACUGGACCUGAGUAACAAUGACCUGCUGGAUUCAGGACUGGAGCGUCUCUCUGCUGGACUGAAGAGUCCAAACUGCAACCUGGAAACUCUGAGACUGAGUGGCUGUGACCUCUCAAAGAGAAGCUGUGCAGCUCUGUCCUCAGUUCUCAGCUCCCAGUCCUCCAGUCUCACAGAACUGGACCUGAGUAACAAUGACCUGCAGGAUUCAGGUCUGGAGUUUCUCUCUGCUGGACUGAAGAGUCCAAACUGCAACCUGGAAACUCUGAGACUGAGUGGCUGUAACCUCUCAGAGAGAAGCUGUGCAGCUCUGUCCUUAGUUCUCAGCUCCCAGUCCUCCAGACUCACAGAACUGGACCUGAGUAACAACAACCUGCAGGAUUCAGGACUGAAGCUUCUCUCUGCUGGACUGGAGAGUCCAAACUGCAAACUGGAAACUCUGAGCUUGUCAGGCUGCUUGAUCUCAGAGGAAGGCUGUGCUUCUCUGGCCUCUGCUCUGACCUUUAACCCCUCCCAUCUGAAAGAGUUGGACCUGAGCUACAAUCAUCCAGGAGACUCAGGAGUGAAGCUGCUGUCGGCUGGACUGGAGGAUCCGAACUGGAGACUGGAAGCUCUCAGGGUGGAGCCUGCUGGAGUCCGAUUCUUGACACCAGGGCUGAGGAAAUAUUUCUGUCAACUCACCAUCGAUACAAACACAGUGAACAGAAACGUGAAACUGUCUGAAGAUAACAGGAAGAUGACAAAUGUGGAGGAGCUCCAGCCAUAUCCUGAUCAUCCAGACAGAUUUGAUCAUUUUCGCAAUCCUGUGUGAAACUCCUCUUACUGGUCGCUGUUACUGGGAGGUUGAGUGGAGUGAAGGAGUUGACAUAGUGGUUUGUUACAGGAGAAUCAAGAGGAAAGUAGACAGUAGAGACUGUUGGUUUGGAGGAAAUGAUCAUUCCUGGGGUCUGAUCACCUGUGGUCAAGAUGAGGUUAUGUCAGACACAAUCACAUACAACCUCGUUUCCACUCCUCCUUUUUUUCUCACAGAGUUGGAGUGUAUGUGGAUAUUCCUGCUGGAUUCUGUCUUUCUACAAAGUUUCCUCCGACUCACUGAUCCACGUCUACACCUAAAACCACAUUCACUGAACCUCUCUAUGCUGGGUUUUGUGUCUGGAACUCUGGUUCUUCACUGGUUCUGAAGAACUAAAGUUUCUCAUGUCAGAGAAAUUUUCUCUGUAAAAAUCAAAAGUAAAAAUCAAGUUUAUUGACGAGAGUUCAAAGUUCUUUUCCCCAUAAUAACAUAAUAUAGUAUUAAAAUGUGAAACAUUAAAUGCUGUCAGAUAAUAAUGAAGCAAAUAUUCAUCAAAUAUGUGGAUCAAUGUUACAAUUAUGAAUUAUUAUGAAUCAAACAUCUGGAAACGGUUUGUUGCUCCUUUAUUUUGUUUUUUGUAUUCCAUGUCCAUCCACUAGGGGGAGCUGUCUCUGCAGUGGUUUUGUCAUCCCAGCUUCCUGUCUGUGGCAGAGCUGCUUCCUCCCAGAGGCUGCAGCUCUUAGAA